UUCAACCAAAAAGUCAAGAUGAGGAAAAGUGGCAUCCUGAGCAAACAGUAUAUGUGUAGGGGCUUAUUCCAGAGGGGAAUAUGGUUCUUUUCUUCCUAUCCUGAAGUGGAGCUGGAAACUGUGACAGUAAAUGUAACCAUUCAGGACUUUGUGGCUGAUGUGGUGUCUGAGCUGGUUUUCCGCAACGUGCAGCAAGUCUCCAAGGAGACCAUGUUCAUCUUUCCUGUGGAUUCAAAUACUGUUGUAGACACCUUCCACGCUACCAUGGGGGACUCUUUCAUUGAAGCAAUGCUCUGGGAGAAGGAGGAGGCCCAGAAGCUGUGCAAAGCUACUCCAGGCAUGGAGAAUUUAAGAUACCUGCAGGAUCAGUGGGAUCUCUGGGGUCGUGUGUUCGCUUGUUUCUUGGGAACUCUGCCUCCUAACGGGGAGGUGACCAUCAGCCUGUGCUACGUCCAGGAGCUGCCACUGCAGCCAGAUGGGGCUGCCCAGUUUUGCUGGCCACAUGAACUGUUCCCGUGGAUUAAAUACACCAGCCGGAUCUCUUCCAAGGAGGAGAUGUCCAAAAAUCUGCACUUCAGCAUCUCCCUGAAGUCAGCCCAUGGUGUGUCCCAUGUAGUUAUUAACAGCAGCCACACCCCUUUGCAAUACACAGCUUCUGAUCACACAUCUGCUCAGGUAUUCUUGAAAUCAUCACCCUGGAUGCAGGAUGAUCUGAACUUAAUGGUAUAUUACAAAGGGCCUCACACCCUCAGUGCUGUGGUGGAGAGGAGAGAUCCUAAAGCCCCACCUGGCUCUCUGCUAGGACACCCUGUUGUGAUGCUGACACUGAUGCCAAACAUUCCUGAAGUAGUGCCCAGUCCAGGCCAUCUGGGGGAAUUCCUCUUUCUCGUGGACUGCAGCCUCUUCCAGGAUGCACAGAACACACUGUUAUUCCUCCUCAAGAGUUUGCCUCUGGGCUGUUACUUCAACAUCUACAGUUUUGGGGCCACUUUCAAAGCCUUCUAUCCGCAGAGUGUGGAGUACACACAGGAAAACAUGGACAGUGCUGUGGGGUGCAUCUCCUCCAUCUACCCUGAUCUGGGGGGCUGUGACCUGUUGGGUCUCCUAAGGUCUAUUUACAGCACUCCUCUCCUUUAUGGGCACCCCCGUCAGCUUUUUAUCUUCAUUCAAAGGAAGAUCUCCAGUGAAGAGGAAGCUGUCAUGGCUGAGGUCUACCAUUACCGAGACCACCACCGGUGUUUCUGUUUUCCUGCUAACAGAUGUGUCAACUUUCACCUUUCCCAGGCCAUAGCCCUGGAGACAAAAGGUGAAUGUGUGUGCAUCCACUCUAGAGUGGACAUGGCAUCCAAGGCAGUGAAAUGUCUGCAGCGGGCUCUGCAGCCUAUGGCCAGUGGGAUCUCACUACACUGGGACCUUCCACCUGGCCUGGAGGUGUCACUGAUCAGAAAAGCUCCUGAGAUGAUCUUCCAGGGACAUCAGAGCUCCAUCUAUGCCCAGAUCCAUGGGCAAGCACAGGAUGCAAAGGUGGAUGAGGGAGCUGUGACUCUUCAGUACCAUGUGGGCAAUCAGUUCUUCGAUUACACACUCAGGUUCUCAUUGUCCUCAUCAUCAGAUGACAGGCUGCCAGUGCAUCGCAUGGCCCUGAUGCACCUGCUGUGGGAACGAGCCUGGGAGGGGACAAGCAGGACAGAGAAGGACACCUGGCAGAGCACAGUGAAGUCCAGCCUCACCCUGGGGGUUCCAUCUCCCUUCACAUCCAGUGUGGCUGUACGGAUGAAACACAGGGACGCCUGGCACCACGAUUCUUUGCCUCCAGACUCUUCCAUGUUGCUCUCUCCCUCUUUAAACCUGGUUCCCUGCCAGUUGCUCUGGUUGCGUGGAUUCAGGCCUGUGUUCUUCAAGUCCACCAAGUUUUGGAUGGUUCAGAAAUGCCAGUUAUGCCUUGAGAUGCUCGGUCACAAAGCCCCUGACACUGAGACACUCACCCAGCUUUCGACAUACUGUAAAGAGCAGAAGCUUUCUCCUGAAGAACAGGUGAUGGAUGAACUGCCAGCAUUUAACAUCAGUUGGGACUGGGCAAUUUCACCGCUGGCAACAAGACUGUGUGACUUCUCUGGGCUCAGGGCAGUGGUGGCACUCCAGAAAGCAAAUGGCUCCUGGACCCUCACCACAGCUCUGGCCUCUGCCUUGGGGCUCAGCAAAGCUGAUAUUAAGGGACAGAGGCCCAGUGAGGAUGUGGAGCCAGCUGUCUGGGCCACAGUUUUGGCCUUGGUCUGGUUGCACAAGUAUAAGUGGAAGGUACCUUGGUCAGAGCUUCUGGUGGCCAAAGCAUGCAGGUGGCUGCUGGACCAAGAUGAAGUCCAACUGGAUGAAUGUCUGGAGGCAGCAAAUUCCCUGCUGGGCUGCUUUGUGGAGCCUGCUGUCUUCAGGAUGUGCACUUACCUCACUGCUGGGGGUGGAAAAGAAGCUAGGUGGGAACACAGUCAGGAAAGCUGA